CCCACCUGCACCCUCACCCUGGCACCCAUGCUCUGCUGGUCAGAGGGGGUCGUCUGUUCGACAUUAACUACUAACUGAAUGUUAAGCGGACGGCGUAUUGGACCGAGUUUAAGGGCUUGGAUCAUUGUUUUGUCCGAGCAUCACGGGGACAAACGAAAGCAGCCAAUUACAAAAGUAAAUUCAUAUGACGAAGUCUUGAGUGACGUGCCUCUGGACCAAUCCUCAGAGACUCAACAGCUCGCCGGCCAAUCCUAAGUGUGUUUCUCGCUGGGGGUCGCGACGGGGUCUGGCGCUGAGCGGGGAAGGGGAGGAGUUUCGGGAGGCAGAGUGGAAGGGAAAUGGCGGCCGUGGCUGCAGAGCCAGCAGGAGCCGCGUCGGUUCCGACCGCAGCGACGGCAAUAGACGACACGGGUCCACUGGAACCCGGUCCGGGUAAGACGAUAUACUCGGGGGACGACCUCCCGACAGACGUUAGGCGAGAAUACGCCGCAGUGAGCGAUCCCGCUGGCCCCGGAGGGCUGAAGGAUGGGGACGUGGUGGAGGAAUGCGGCCAUGUCGGGCCCGCGGCGGGAACAACAGCACCCUCACCCCCGCGGACGACCGACACCGAAGAAAACACCGAACUGUUCCCAAAUGACACCCCGACACUACCCGAAGGGGCGGGGGAGCCGUUCUCUCCCGGGCCGGUGGAGUACCGGAGUGUCAUGACGGACUCCCAGCCGUCUGCCGUGUUCCUCCUCUCGUUCCCAGCCCACCCGGCCGCCCCGGAGGCCGGCUUGUCCCUAGCAGAACCCGCCAAGCCCACCACCAACGUCACGGCGAACGACUACUACCAGAACCCAGCGGACCCGCUUAUCGUACACCAAGACUCGGACCUCAGUUACACCUCUCUGACCGCGGAGGACGCGAGGCCGCCGGACAAUUCCUCCUCCUCCUCUAUGCCGACCGAGCACACGGAGGAUGCUAGGGUAGACACGGUCCCGGGGAGAAGCCCGGAUCGGACCAGCUCACCCGUCGGCACCGCCACCAUCAUGGACAUAAAAGCGGCAGCCACGGAUCACAGCACUACCUCCUACGGGGGUUUCUCCAGAACCCAACCGACCUGCUGUGUAGUAGACGGCGACCUGACCCCUUCGAAUCCCCCGGUCCCUGAGUCCGAAUUUCCCGGACCCGGUUCGCCCGGAUCUGGUUCGCCUAUACCUGGUUCGCCAAGACCCGGUUCGUCCUGUCCCUCGCCUCCGCGGGGACCGGACGAGAGUAUGAACAUAAAGCAGGAGGUCCGGGAGGGUGAGUCCACGCCGGACGAUGAGUCCAAACCGGAGCCGCUGUCCGUCGAGCAGCUAUCGGCCGGGUCGGAGGUUCGGGUCUCCCUGGACCACAUCAUCGACGACGCCUUGGUGGUGUCCUUCCGGCUCGGGGAGAAGGUGUUCUCGGGGGUCCUGAUGGACCUGUCCCGCAGGUUCGGCCCCUACGGGAUCCCCAUCACGGUGUUUCCUGAGAGGAGCAAGCCGCCCCCCUCGCCGGCCCCCCCGCCGUCACAGGAAGCGGACGGCGACGGCGCCGAGGCGCUGCCGCCGCCGCCGCCCCGGACCUCCAAGCCCCCGCCCCUGUUCCAGGACGGCGCCCCGUACCCCCCGCCCCUCCUCAUCAGGGACUCCUACAACCAGGCCUUACCUCAGCCCCCUCCCCGCAAAAUCAAGCGGCCGAAGCGGCGCUACCGCUUCGAGGACCCGCCCACCUCCAUCAUGAACGCCAUCAAGCUCCGCCCCCGCCAGCUGCUGUGUGACAAGUGCAAGGGGCUGGUCUCGACCGGCGGGGGCGGGGCCCCGCGGGAGGCCCGGCGGGGGGGGGGGGGAGGAGGGGGAGGAGCAGAGGAGGCGUCGCGGAGGAGGAGACACACGGAUGCCGCCUCCGCCUCCUCCACGGCCGCCAAGCAACUGAGGACUGAGGUGAAGCCGCCGCCGCCCUCGUGCUCGGGCCGCGUGCUACGGGCCCCGCCCACCCGGCGCCUGAAGGCCACGCGGCCCGUCCUGAAGAAGCCCCGCCCCGCCGGGGCCCCCGUCCCCCCCGCCGCCGCCGCCCCCGCCCCCGGGCCCCUCCCCCCCGCCGGGGCCCCUGCCCUCCCGGGGGGGGGCGCGCGGGCCCUGACGCGGGCGGCGGCCCUGCAGGAGGCCACGCAGCACCAGAAGGUCCACUUCACGCGGCGGCUCCAGCAGCUGGGGCCCCCGCCGCGGGCCCCGCUGCCCCCCCGCCUCCGCAUCAAACCUCAAAGGUAUCGUACCGACGAACCCGCCCCCGCGCCGCCGGCCACGCCCCCGCCCGCCCCUAUCCCCGCCCCCUCCUCCCCCGCGGGGGUGGCCAGCGUGGCCGUGGUGCUGAAGGAGCAGCAGCAGGAGGCGGGGGGGGAGGUGCGGGGGGGCAGUCUGCUGCUCUGCGUGGCCUUCAAGGCCCCCGCCGCCCCGCCUGCCUCCUCCUCCCCCCCCUCGGCCUCCUCCUCGCUCCUCCUCGCCCCCCCCCUCAAGGGCCCUGGCUCUGAGGACGGCCCCGCCCCCGGCUCCGCCCCCCCGGGGGAGGGGCGGAGCCGGAGCGGGCGGCGCUGCGGGGCGGAGCGGGGCGUGUGCGUGGGGGACAUCGUGUGGGCCAAGAUCUCGGGGUUCCCCUGGUGGCCGGCCCAGGUGCUGGCCCUCAGCGUGGGGGGGGGCGGGGGGGCCCGGCGCGAGGAGGAGGCGCGCGUGGCCUGGUUCGGCUCGCCCACCACCUCCUUCCUCCCCGUCGCCCAGCUGGCGCCCUUCCUGGAGAGCUUCCAGAGCCGCUUCGACAGGAAGAGGCGGGGCCCGUACCGCCGCGCCGUCACCGAGGCGGCGCGCGCGGCCACGCCCCUCCCCCCGGGGGUCCGCUCGCUGCUCACCCAGCUGGAGGCCUGAGACACACACACACACACACACACACACACACACACACACACACACACACACACACACACACACACACACACACACACACACACACACACACACACACACACACACACACACACAGGCUCCGAGCGCUGGUUCCUGGUUGCAGUUGCAGCCCAUUGCCUUCUUCCUGAAGCCCCGCCCCCCUGUGGGCAGGGUAAGGGGGUUGGUUGUUGACCUCUGAACUCUGCUGAAGAACUGAACCCCCCCCCCCCUUCCCCCUCCCCUUCCCCCACCAGAAUGCUGUGACGCGUCGUUAGAUCUGAUUGGUUCUCAUCUCUUGAUCUUCCUGUUAGAGGAGUGACCACAUCCUUCUGUCUGACCUCUGACCUCGGGACACAAUCCAACCCACCUCCCCUCACACUCUGUCCCACCAAACCCACCAGACGUUAGUGCAGCUCAGUGCCUCCAGUGAGUUGGGGUUAGUUUAGUAUGGUCCAGUACGCUCAGGGUUAGUUAAGUAGGGUAGUGAAGGAGCUCCACUAGGGUUAGUUUAGUAGGGUGGGGUUGAGGUCUACCGAAGGGGUUGAGGUCUAGGGUAGGGAUUAGGGGUGUGAACGGUUACAAAAAAUUGUAAACGGUUACACGACCCCUUUUUUUUUUUUUCGUGUAUACGAUCAACUGUUUUUUUUAUUAAUGAUUUUUUAUUUUAUUUUUUAAAGUGGACCGCAGUCGCACUAUAGGGGGAUUAUUUGAUUAUCAACACGGCGUUAAUGUUAUAACUGUAACAUUACCCCCAAGUAUCUGUGGUAUAAAGGCUGGGCCGAAUUUCAAAUUAUAAAUCUGUACACUUUAUGUUAAGUAUGGGCCGUCGCGAUUCCCAUUGAAACAAUGGCGCCGUGGUUAUUAUUUAUUUUUUCGGUUUUCUUUUUCAGAUUUUUCCUAAACGGUUAUGAUUUACUAACCGGUUACACGUGUACCCGUGCACACCCCUAGUAUGGAUUAGUUCUAGGGUAGGGAUGAGGUCUACCGUAGGUUUGAGGUCCAGGAUAGGGUUGAGGUCUAGUAUAGGGUUGAGGUCGUCUACUUUAGGAUUGAGGUCUAGGGUAGGGAUCAGGUCUAGGGUAGGGAUUAGGUCUGGGGUAGGGUUGUGUACCAGCGAAGGGGUCUAUGGUAGGGUGGAGGUCCAGGGUUGAGUGCUAGGGUAGGGUUUAGGUUACGGUCGGGGUCUGGGUAGGGUUGAGGCCCAGGGUUGAGGCCCAGGGUUGAGGCCCAGGGUUGAGGCCCAGGGUUGAGGCCCAGGGUUGAGGCCCAGGGUUGAGGCGACAGAGCGAUGUUGGAGGGAUGAUGUUCUGUUCUUAAUUUAUUCCCGGGAGCAUCUGUUUGCAGACAAGAGUACUGUUUACUCCCAGAUCAACGAUUGACUAAUUGUAUAAAUGUCUUUUUCUGAUGUUUAAAACAAAAAUAAAACCAACAAAAACAUAAAUAAAUAAAUAAAAUAAAGAGCUUC